GUGUGAUUUGACUCAAAUAAACGAAAGAAAGAAAGAAAGGAAGAAAGAAAGAAAGAAAGAAAGAAAGAAAGAAAGAAAGAAAGAAAGAAAGAAAGAAGUGACUUCUAAGGAUAUUGCUGAAAAGAGCCGGACAUCUGAAAGGAUUGUGGAGAUAGAUGAGAGAUGUUAACAGUUUUAAGGGGAAACUGUCACUGAUUCAGUAUUCUUCAAAAACAUCCUGGUAAUUCAGUUUUCUGACAGGAAUAAAAGUGGAAGACUGGAAAUUUAUUCCUGUUGCUGAGCUCAAACAAGACGCUGAAGUCACUUUUAAGGAUAUACUGUGUGUGAGGACAACUCCACAAUCCUGGGAGAGGAGACUUCUGUGAGAAAAAUCUGGGACCGCUUGGACUUUGACGACUGUGAGGGGACUUUCAAAGGAAUUUCAGCUACCGAGAGAAAAAACACUGAAGAGAGAGCACUGCUAUUCAGGGAGGACAAACCUAACUUGACUGUAGCUGAACAUUACAGAAUAUUUCCAGCUGUUCCUCGGGAAUAGUGCUGAAUAUUUUAUUCUUUGGGAAUAUAUUACUGAAUAUUUUUGAUCAUUUCAGAGGGAUUUGCUCUUGAACAUUUCAAAAUUAUCCCCUUUGUAGAUUUUAUUAGUCAGUUUGUGACCACUUUUAGACAAAUUACUGUGAAGAUUUUUGUUUACCUGCUAGUGUUUUAGUGGUAUAAUUGAAUAUGGUGUAAGUGGUGACAUUUGAACCUACUGUUUGAGAGACACCGGUGAAUGUUUUAACUGAAGCACUGUUGACUUUUUAAAAUAAUAUUUUUUUAUUUUUUAUUUUUUUAAAGUUGUUUAUCCUGUGGAUCAGCGAGAGACACAAGGAGAAACAGGAUUUUUCACUUUCUGUUGCAGAAUUUUUCCUAAACCAGUUUUCUUGCUUAUUAUUAUCGACUAUUUUUCAAAGAUAUUUUAUCAUACUGAGAGGAAGAGAUGGCAGAGAAAGAGGGGGGAGUAGAGCAGGGUCACAUUAAGGCUGGGGACAACAUGGGGGCCAAAGCCAGGGUUGGGGGCCCCACAGUAGGCGGAGGAGUGGUGGUGGAGGUCAGGGAGAAGAAGGGACCCCUACGGGCUGCAAUACCCACAAUGCCUUUCCCUCUGGCUGUCAUCUGUCUGUUUCUCAAUACCUUCAUACCUGGACUCGGCACCUUCAUCUCAGCAUUCACAGUGCUGUGUGGCGCUCACAGCGAGCUGGUCUCAGAGCGAGGUGUAUGCUGUGUAUUCUGGCUCAAUGUGGCGGCAGCCCUCAUCCAGAUACUGACUGCUGUCAUCAUGGUUGGAUGGAUCAUGAGCAUCUUCUGGGGAAUGGACAUGGUCAUCCUGGCCAUUUCAGACGGCUGUAGAGACCAGAGUGCCCCCCAGGAGGUCUGAGGUCUCAGGUUAGCUGAUGGAUUACAUGGACAGUUUCACCUCCUCCACCUCUGAAGCCUGACUGCGACCUUUGACCUUUAUGAUUACCAAUAACUCUGCCAGUUUCCAGCAGGCGGAGAUGGUAAGGCAGAAACAGACAGCAUAUGAGAGAAGAAAUACAGACAAAUCCAACAAAAAAGACAGAAAAAAAUGACAAGAAAGAUAAUCUUUCCCUCUAAUUAUCAAUCAAUCAGCCAGUCAAUCAAACAUCUUCUCCUUGAAGAAAACCCUCUAGUCGCUGCUGAUGGGCUGACACCAGGCCUCAUUCAAAUGUAAGGCUGAAGGAACAGGAUAGGAAAAAAGACUAAAUCUGUACAGUCAUAAAACAAAUUUAGAGGAUUUAGGGAUAAUAUGGAUAUCUUAUUAUUUUGUCACAUGAUAAUGAUAGUGAUUUUUGGAAAUUUGUCCUUUGAUAUUUUUCAUUUGAUUUUUGAAAUGUGUGUUUUGUUUUUUGAUCAAGACUACUACUCAAACCAUAAGUCAACUGUAGGCUAGGCGACUUGUUUCUUCCAUGAUGUAAUGAUUUAACGGAUAUGGGAAACAAUUUCUUGAUGUAACUUUGUAAGAAAAUGACGCAAUUAAUUUGUGGAUUUUGUACAGUAUUUC